GGAGAAGGAGGAGACAGCAGCAACCACAACUCGAGCUGAACUACUUGAGAGUGCACUGGCUGAAGCAGGCAGGACGAGAAAAGGAAGGAGGGCGCAAUUUGGAGAGCAGAGGCCGACAUGUCUCCUUUUCUCCGUAUUGGAUUGUCCAACUACGACAGUGGUCCCUAUCUGCCUUCCCAGGGAGAUGUGAUCGAUCCCUAUUGCGCCGUGAUAGUCAAGGAAGCAGUGGAGUCGGAGAACGGCCAAUCCUACGUUCAGAAGAAGCCCACCAUGUACCCACCUUGGAACAGCACUUUCGAUGCUCACAUCCACAGGGGGCGCGUAAUGCACAUCGUUGUGAAGGACAAGAGCGCAGAGAUGGUUGCAGAAACAACGGUGGAACUCAAUUUGGUUGCAGACAAGUGCAAAAGGAAGAACGGGAAAUCAGAAAUUUGGCUAGAACUGAAGCCACAAGGCAGAAUGUUAAUGAAUGCAAGAUACUUCCUGGAAACGACUGAUGAUCCAGAGUUUAUUGACUGUGAAAAGGAAGGGUUUUUCUCUCUGCACCAACGCAGAGGAGCCAUCAAGCAAGCCAAGAUCCACAAUGUCAAGUGUCACGAGUUCACUGCUACUUUCUUCCCCCAGCCCACGUUCUGUUCCGUUUGCCACGAGUUCGUCUGGGGUCUUAACAAGCAAGGUUACCAGUGCAGACAAUGCAAUGCUGCCAUUCACAAGAAGUGCAUUGACAAAGUAAUAGCAAAGUGUACGGGAUCAGCCAUCAAUAGCAGAGAAACUAUGUUCCACAAAGAGAGGUUUAAGAUUGACAUGCCCCACCGAUUUAAGGUCUACAAUUACAAAAGCCCAACGUUCUGCGAUCACUGUGGCACUCUGCUCUGGGGUCUGGCGCGGCAGGGUUUGAAAUGUGAUGCCUGUGCCAUGAACGUCCACCACAAGUGCCAAGCCAAAGUGGCAAACCUCUGCGGCAUCAACCAGAAGCUCAUGGCGGAAGCGCUGCAACUGAUUGAGAGCCGGCAACAGGCUAGAAGCUUGCGGGAGUCAGAGAAGAUCUUGAGAGAAGGACCUGUGGAAAUAGUCUUCCCUGACAAAGACCCGACGCCCACUGCUCCUCCCGUGCCAGCGCCUCCAGCAGGGAAAAAAGAGCCUCAGGGAGUUUCCUGGGAAUCCCCCGCAGAAGACGUCACGUGUCCGGAUUCUUCAGUGGAACUGGAACCAAGGAAAGACCUCCCUGCUGAGCUGCCGAAGUUUACCAUAGAUGAUUUUGUUUUGCACAAAAUGUUGGGGAAAGGAAGCUUUGGCAAGGUAUUCCUUGCUGAGCUGAAGGACACGAACCAGUUUUUUGCCAUGAAAGCUUUGAAGAAGGAGGUGGUGCUGAUGGACGAUGAUGUUGAAUGCACCAUGGUGGAAAGGCGGGUCCUCUCUCUGGCUUGGGAACACCCGUUCCUCACUCAUCUCUUCUGCACAUUCCAGACAAAGGAAAACCUCUUUUUUGUAAUGGAAUAUCUCAAUGGGGGUGACUUGAUGUUUCACAUCCAGAUCUGCCACAAGUUUGACAUUGGCAGAGCGAGGUUUUAUGCUGCUGAAAUCAUUUGUGGCUUGCAGUUCCUUCAUUCUCAAGGCAUCAUAUACAGAGACCUGAAGCUUGACAACGUUCUCCUAGACAAGGAAGGGCACAUCAAGAUUGCCGAUUUUGGGAUGUGCAAAGAGCACAUGGGAGGGGACGCCAAGACAAGCACGUUCUGUGGAACCCCCGAUUAUAUCGCACCAGAGAUUCUGCUGGGGCAGAAAUACAACACGUCCGUUGACUGGUGGUCCUUUGGGGUCCUUCUCUACGAGAUGCUGAUUGGUCAGUCUCCCUUCCAUGGUCAGGACGAAGAGGAACUCUUCCAGUCUAUCCGCAUGGACAGCCCGUUCUACCCUCGUUGGCUCGACAAGGACGCAAGGGACCUUCUUGUGAAGCGUUCUUUCGAUUUCCAGCUUUUUGUAAGAGAACCGGAAAGGAGAUUGGGAGCCAAGGGGAACAUCCGCCAACAUCCCUUUUUCCAAGAAAUCAACUGGGAAGCCAUUGAAGCGAGAGCAGUCGAACCCCCUUUCAAACCUAGAGUGAAAUCCCCUGGCGACUGCAGCAACUUCGACAAAGAAUUUCUGAACGAGAAACCCCGGCUGUCGUUAGGAGACCGGAGCCUCAUCAAUAGCAUGGACCAAAACAUGUUCCGAAGCUUUUCCUUUACCAACCCCAUCAUGGAAAAGUUCCUCUCCUGAGAGACAAACGCCCUGGGAUCAAGGUGGCUUCAAGAACAACAAAAACAACAACAACCAUAGCCUCCAAACUCCCAGCUGGCCAAAGUCAUGCUUCUCAUUGGACGACGGAGGUGGUGGCCUGGAUCCAAAGGUGCCCUUCUCCCGGUGGAAAGUCUCUUUUGCUAACAGAAGGGCUGCUUCCGACCUGGCAGAAGAGGAUUGCACGAGAGAGGUGACCCCAAAUUCCAGGGAAGUUCUAUCGUUUGAAGAAGCUCUCGCACAAGGUUUUGCACAAGCUCGGAGGCCAGGGCUGGAGGGCGACUUCAUUGGGCAGCACCUGAAGGCAUUCAACCAUCUUAGCCAGGGUAGGGCAGGCUGCACGGCCCACAUCACUGUAUCCUCCAGCAUCUGCUGCCAGUUACUGCCUGCCGCCUGAGGCAGCCGCCUCGCUCUGUCCGAUGGGAGCGCCGGCCCUGCUGGGAGACGGUGAUUUCCUCCCAAGCAAAUGGGCAGUGGCAACAGCUGCGAGGAGGAUGGGGAUAGCCUACACAGAGAGGAAGGCCCACUGAGAACAUCUCCCCCAAAGUCCCCUGGAACUGGCACCGCACAAGCUCUUUUCAAGACCACUAGGGUUUUUACAUGCCACGGCUGGCUAUCUUCUUCGUUCACUGUAUGACAAUUCAGCCCCUGACACACUGCACCAUGGUUUGACAGAACAGCACUCAUACAUUCUUGCCUCCUGCUCGCGGUUGUUUGGAUCUGAGCCACUGUGGUUUGCUGGAUGGUGUGGGUGUCCCAGGAGGAACACUUAAGAAGGGAAUAUCUGCGAUAACUUGGCGGCCUUUUACUCAGUUCCAUCGUUCUGCCCUGUGGUGGAGAACCUCUGGUCUUCAGACCUUAUAAGGCCCAACAGGGGUCCUAACUGGCCUGUGAGGAUGUUUUCUCCAAAACCACAUCCACUUGCCUCCCCCCCCCCCGAACACUGUACAUGGCAUCAGGCCAGAUGUAGACGAGUCUGCAAAGGAAGAAUGUGGAGCUUAAAGUGGGAUCCCCAUUAUUCCCUCCCAGGACCAAUCAGCUGAUCUUCACUGACAGGGAGCCCCACUGGGAUUGGCUGAGCCAGGGAGUAAGCCGUCAGGCGUGCCCUCAUUCAGCCAAUGGGGUGGCCAGCUUUGAUCAGCUGAUGAGUGCUGAGAGACAUUGUUUUGCAGCAGACAACUGGAUGCAGCAACUGGACUUUAAGGGUGAUGGCUGACAGUGCCAAUCAGCUGAGAGCCCUCAUUCUGAAGUCCCUUUGCAAGCAGAUUAUAUACGAACUGGACCUCAACAUGAGCCGCAUUGUAGCAAAUCCUCCACAUUUCCGUUAGUGUCCCGAUCUACCUCCUUGGUCCUUUCGAGAUCCUGCUGUGAUCCUGUGAGGCUUUUGCAAGAUCUCGGUCUCAUGGGUUCCACCUCAGAGGAUUGUCAAGUCUCUGUGUGGUUUUCCUCACCUGUGAGAGCUCCUUCAGCUGGUUAGGCUCUCUCUCCCUGUGGGACUCGUGCGAUAACUCAGCCCCGUUCGGCUUCAAGAGAUACUGUCUCUUUCUUGUUUGAUGCAGGCACUUUUCAAGGGUCAUAGGUCAGUGGCGGAGAGCAUGUGCUUUGCGUGGAGAAGGCCCCAAAUUCAAUCCCUGGCAUCUCCAGUUAAAAGGGUGGAGGUAACAGGAAAGACUCUUUCCUGUCAGGGACCUGGGAAGACAAAAAUAUAAGCAGAACCUGCUGGACAAGGACAGUGGGUCCAGGAUCCUGUUCUCGCAGUGGUCAACCAGAUGCAAGCCGGUUAUAAGCUGCCUUAUCUUUACUCCGUCCUUAGGCCCAUCCAGCUCUGACAAUGGCUCUCCAGGAUUUCAGACCAGGGUCUCUCCCAGAGCUACCAGGAUAUCAUAGAAUCAUAGCAUUUUUGAGCUGGAAGAGAUUCUGAGGGUCCUCUAGUCCAACUCCCUGCAAUGCAGGAAUCUCAGCUAAAGCAUCCAUGGCAGAUGGCCAUCCAGCCUCUGCUUUAAAACCUCCAAGGAAGGAGAGUCCACCACUUUCGGAGGGAGUCUAUUCCACCCUUGAACAGCUCUUACUGUUAGAAAAUUCUUCUUGAUGCCUUCUUUGAAGCCAUUGGUACAAGUCCUACCCUCCAGAGCAGGAGAAAACAAGCUGGCCCCAUCCUCCAUGUGACGGCCCUUUGAAAUAUUUGAAGAUGACUCGUACCUCCUCCCAGUCUACUCUUUUCUAACCUAAACAUAACCAGCUCCUUCAACUGUUCCUCAUAAGGCUUGGUUUCCAGACCCUUGAUCAUCUUGGUUGCCCUCCUCUGCACACCUUCCAGCUUGUCAACAUCCUUCUUAAAUUAUGGUGUCCAGAAUUGGAUACAGUAUUCCAAGUGUGGUCUGACCAAGGCAGAAUAGAGGAGUACUAUGACUUCCCUUGAUCUGGACACUAGACUUCUGUUGAUGCAACCUAGAAUAGCAUUAGCUUUUUUUGCUGCUGCGUCACCCUGUUGACUUAUGUUCAGCUUGUGGUUGACUAAAAUCCUUAGAUCCUUUUCACGUGUGCUACUGGCAAUCCAGGUGCAGCUGGUUCUUCCUGCGUAAGUGUAGAACCUUAAAUUUGUCCCUAUUGGAAUACAUCUUGCCCAGUUCUCCAAUCUGGUAAAAUCAUCUUGAAUCCCAAUUCUGUCUUCAGGGGUUGAACCUUGGAACCUUCUGCAUGCAAAGCAGAUGCCCAGCCACUGAAAUAUAGACCACUUACAUCAAAAGGUGACGUUCCCCAUCCUUCUUCACGUAAGUGUGUCUGGUGCGGUGGCAUAACUAAGACCACGAGUUCCAUGCCUGCUGUAUAUCUUGCCUUAGGCAUAACCUAACUUAUUACUCUGCCCAACAUCGGGUGUCCCAGCCUCCACUGAGAAGGACCCCACAAACAGCACACAAAUCUAUGUGGCCCAGCCUUCCCACUCCAGUCUUUGCAAAAAGCAGCUCUACUGUCUGCCCUGCCUAUCCUAAUGAUGGGUGUUUUGCUCAUAUGUACAUAGGACUUCUAGUGAUGCUCAUUCAAUGGGUCUCCAUAAUCUGUUGUUGGUUUUUUUUCCUCCGGUCAAUGGAAGAGCUCUCUAUGUGUGCAUAUUCCUUACGGUCGGGUUGAAGUGUUAUAAUUAGAUUUGUUAAUAAUAAUGGAUUUUUGAAAAACUGUUUGUGAUGUUUGUACAGGUAAAUAAAAUGUUGUCCACGGUAAUGGGAGCAAAUGUGUUUGUAGGGAGACUGUCAGGGUGUGUUGUGACUACUCUUGAGUAACGGCCGUACACAUGCUUGUCUUUCAGACGUUUUUAUUGGUGCACAUUAUUUACAGUGUAACGGAUUGCUCAUUUCAUGUCUACCCGCUCGAGUCAGAUUCCUGCACUACUCCCUUCCCAUUCGGGACCAGCAUAAAAGCCUCGGAACUGAGAAGCGCCUCCCUUUCCUCCUCCUUCUCAAUUCUGGCAUCGAGGGGACGGGUCUUCUGUCUGACCUAUUCCUGUCCACUCUUUCCGCCUCCCUCUCUUCCUGCCUAUGGAGCAGGGGCUCUUUGAUGUUACCAGAGCCCUGGCACUCCCUCUCCGUUUCCUGACUCACCCCUUCAGACCCCUUGCUCUCAUGACUGCUUGGAGACGGGCUGCUUCUGAUGAGGGGGGAGGGUUCUCUAUAAUCCCUCCCCCUUACAGAGACCAAAGCAGGUAAUGUAAUGGCUGCAAUGCGCUGUUCCGUAGUACAUUGCAUCAGAGCUGGCCUUAAGAGAUGUUCAUUUCUGAAAGCGGAAAGCAUGACAUGAAGUUUUAUGAUGAUCAUGAAACUUCUCACUUGUCCUCUUGCUCAUGAGGUGAUGAGGAAGGUUACCUCUUUCUCCCUUG